ACAAGUAUCGCAGACGACGCUGUUCUGUUCACACGCUCGGCAAACGCUGCUGCUGCUGUUGAUGUUGCUCUACGUCGGCAGUUACAGUUACUACGCAUUCGUAUCGACGUCGAGGCGGCGUGCGUGAUAAAAAAUAUUUUGAAAAAUAUAAAAAAAAAAAACGAAAUUCUCAACUGGAAUUUUUUGGCACGCGUUGAAAGGCAACAACAAAUUGAGUGUUAGUUGGUACAAAACAAAUGCACAAACGGCGCGUCUGUCCGUGUGCGUGUGCCUCCGUCUAUGUGUCUGUGUGAGUGCGAAAAAAAGCGCUGAUUAAAAGCUUAAAUUGGCUUUAACAAAGCGUACAAUCAACAAGAAAAACAACAGCUGAAGCAUCAGAAACAACAACAACAACAACAACAACGGCAACAACAAAUAAAAACCGGCGCAAAGACGCUUCAACAACCGAAAUAAUCAGCCGUAAAAAACAACAACAAAUACAAAUACAAUAAUAAUAAUAAUAUUUUGCUGAUAUUGCAAGCAGCUCAGCAGAAAGGAAAUGUAGACCGGCGGGACCAAAGAAAUCGCAACAAUUUCUGCAACCGCGAAUGUCACUCCUGGGGAAGCCGCUGAACUAUAAUCGCGGCACACAUCGCCGCGAUGCCCGCUACCGGCGGAUGCAAAGUCGGCUCUACAAUUUCUUAGAGCGACCGCGGGGCCUGCAUGCAAUAUUUUAUCAUGUGAUGGUUUUUCUGAUGGUGUUCACAUGUCUCGCAUUGAGCGUGUUUUCCACCAUCAAGGAAUACGAGGAGGAUGCUGUAUAUAUAUUGUUUCGCAUGGAAAUCAUAGUUGUCAUCUGGUUUACCAUGGAGUUUGGGGCGCGUCUGUGGUCAUCGGGCUGCCGAUCGCGCUACCAGGGCACGCUGGGACGGCUUAAGUUUAUAAAGCAACCGUUUUGUAUUAUAGAUAUUAUCACCAUUUUAGCCUCAAUUGUAGUAUUAGGCAUGGGCACCUCUGGCCAGGUGUUUGCGACGAGCGCAUUGCGUGGUUUAAGAUUCUUUCAGAUACUUCGCAUGGUGCGCAUGGAUCGACGCGGUGGCACCUGGAAGCUGCUCGGUUCGGUUGUAUACGCACACAGACAGGAGCUCAUCACAACCAUGUAUAUUGGAUUUUUAGGUCUCAUCUUUGCAUCAUUCCUUGUUUACAUGUGGGAGAAGGACGUUAACGAGAAGUUCAGCAAUUUUGCACAGGCGUUGUGGUGGGGCGUGAUAACGCUCUGCACUGUGGGCUAUGGCGAUAUGGUACCCAUCACCUGGCAGGGCAAAUUGAUUGCCUCGUGCUGUGCCUUAUUGGGCAUAUCCUUCUUUGCGCUCCCUGCGGGCAUUCUGGGCAGCGGGUUUGCGCUGAAGGUGCAGCAGCAGCAGCGCCAGAAGCACAUGAUACGGCGUCGCCAGCCGGCGGCGACGCUCAUUCAGGCCGUUUGGCGCUGCUAUGCGGCCGAUGAGCAUUCCGUUUCGGUGGCCACCUGGAAGAUACAUCAGGUGGCGCUGCCAAGUCCGCCCGCAUCUUCUGAAAACUGGGAGCGAUUAUUAAAAAACAUAACCGAAUAUAGACGGGCCUCAUCCAGUUUUAAGCACAACACAUCCUUUGUGGCCCGCCUGCCGACGAUAAGGCGUCACAAGAGCCAGACCAUCCAGACGCCCGGACCGGAUGGCACCCCCAUGUCCAAGCCGCCGGGCUCAUCGCGGGCAUCCACGCGUUAUACGCGCACCAUACGCGAUAUCAACGCAUCUGUGGAGAACUUGGAGGUAGUACAAAAUGGCAAAUCCAUGAAUCCGAGUUUUAGCGAAGAUUCAGUUGCUGAAACAACUUGCUUAAAAAAUAUAAAAAAUUCAGACGCAGCAAAGCCAAAGCCGUCGCCAGCUAAGCUGGCCAAUUGCAUUCAUAGCGCCAGCCUGGGCACACUGGCUUCAGCCGCAGAGCCCUCAGCUGACGCUAAGCCGAGGGUCGAGGCUAGCUCUAAUACACUGACCAUACCCGUGGUGCUGUGCGGCUUUUUGCACGGUGAUUUUUUUGGCUCAACAUUUUCGCUGCGCAAUCCGCGCGUCACGCCCGCCGAGGACCUGGAGGCGGGUCACAUGACGGAGCCAACGGGCAGCGGCAAAUGCAACAAUCCCGGUGCCAGUCCGACGGCCAGUGCUGGUCGAGGACGAACGGGUCGCUUUUUUGCGGCUGCUUCACAUUUUCUGGAUACGGGCACAUUGCAGGGCGGCGUCGGCGAACGGGAGGCGGCGGCGGCACACGGCGCAUUCUAUGUGGCAACAAGCAACCAAAACCUAACGCACAAGUCAAUCUCUCUGAUUCAUAAAUUGCCCCCAGAUGAGGAUGAGGAGCCGCGCUGCACGCAGCUGACAAAUCGGCACAAGAUCGCCAUACGCUUCAUACGCAAGCUCAAGUAUUUCGUGGCACGUCGCAAGUUUAAGGAGGCAUUGAAGCCAUACGAUGUCAAAGAUGUCAUGGAACAAUAUGCGGCGGGUCACGUCGAUUUGCUGGGUCGCGUCAAAAUGCUGCAUUUGCGUCUUGAUCAGAUUCUGGGCAAACAAGGAUCCAAGGCAAAGGAUGUGUAUGCCUCGAAAAUCAGCCUAGCCUCGCGUGUGGUUAAGGUUGAGCGUCAGGUCGUGGAUAUUGAGGAGAAACUCGAUAUACUGAUCAAGGCCUAUAUGGAGGAUCGUGAUAGAUUUUUAGCGCUUCCGUUGCCAGCAAAUCCCAAACCCAAAAUACAUUCCAUUAGCCCUAGUCACAGUCACAAUCUGCAUCACACACACAAUCAGAGCAUGAUCGAUGUGUGGAAGCGAACCGCCACGCUUAGCGUGCAUCCCGAGCUGGUCUCGACGCCAACCGGAGCAGCAGGUGAUGCCACAUCUGUGGAUCGUCUGGACAGCAAUGAGACGGCGCUGACCUCCACACAGACGGUGACAACCACAACGGAUGCGAUUGCCACACAAACACCCAUGCCGCAUACACAGCAUACAGCGACCAAUACAAAGUCUUCCGUGCUUAACCCAUAUCAGCUAACGCCUGAGAAGCAACAGCACAAUGAUGUAUUUAUGACUGAUUUAGAGAAUAGAACUAAAAAACGCGUUACUUUAAGCCUGCAUAGAUCCACAUCGGAGCCAUAUAGCAAACACGAGCAACGCAUCAAUAUGCCAGAUGAGGGCGCACAAUCCUUGGAUUCCGGUGCGAAACCAACGCCGCCAGAUAGUUCAAUUAUACUCAUUGACGAGUAUGAGGACUUCGAGGAGGAGGAUCUGAACUGUGAGGGCGAAAUGGACCAUUUUCCAUCGUGGGAAAUCGAUAGCGACAUUGGCGCCGAUGUCGAUGUCGAUGCGGAUGGUGACUGUGAUGAGUCCACGGAGGACACGGCGCUGCUGCAGUGCACCACGCGCACCGCGAUCGUUAUAACACCCAUUAGCCCAGUAAGCUCCGCACUCAACCUGCAAAGUUUAAAUGACCAAACCACAACGCUUAAUAAAUCAAAUUUGCUUCCGCCAGACUCUGGCUAAUUAAAUGCAAUUGAAAUUAGUCGAUAUGUAAUAUCUCUAUAUAAUUGAAACUAUUUUAUAAGCUGAUGUGUGCUGCUGCUCCGAUCAGCAGAUACGCUGUACCAAGCUCUAGAGUAUCAGAAAUCGAAUCAUAACAUUCACAACAAACUUUGAUUUAAUUUGUUCACGCAAUUUUUAAUGACCAAACUGCAAAACGCUUUAAUAAAUCAAAUUUGCUGCCGUAAAUGUAUGUACAUAAAUAUAUAUGACAAGACUCGCAGAUACCCUGUAAAACAAAA